ACAAUUUAAAUAGUUUUAAUCUUUUAUUAACACCCCACUUCUAAUCAUGUAGUUAAUUGUGUGGUUUACAUUGUUAAUUGUUUUCAAUUUUUUCCUUUCUCUCAUUUCUUUCUGUAUCCUUCUAGUGUUGGUUGGCUAUUUGUGUCCGUUACUUUUUCAAUUUUUUCACUUGACUUAAAUUUUUACCUUUUUGAUUAUUGUCUUUUUAUUUUAAUUGUUUUGUGAAACAAGUUAAUUGCUUUAUAAUGCAAGUUGACAUUACAAAUUUCCAACAAAUUUACCCGAAGGUGGUUGAACAGAUCAAAAAUUGUACCUUUAUUGCGCUUGAUAUUGAAUUUUCUGGUUUAUUUUUUAAUUCUAAUUGCAUGCCAUCACUUUUCGACUCAUUGGAAGAUAGAUACAAAAAAUUACGUACCAAUGUUUCCAAUUUCAUCCCCAUCCAACUUGGAAUAUCAACGUUUACCAAGCAUGAAACUAGAAACGAUUACAUUGCUCAAACAUUCUCCUUCUUUUGCUGUCCAAGACCUUAUGGUCCUCAAGUGAAUUGUUUCUCAAUGGAAGUUGGUGCCAUUGAAUUUCUAUCAGAAAAUUGUUUCGAUUUCAACAGAUUUGCUAAGGUUGGAAUCCCAUUUUUAAAUGAAACACAAGAAAAGAUAUUCAAAAGCUAUAUGAAUGAUAGAACAAGGAUCGACAUUUCUCAUUCAGUGAUGGACAAAUUGGUUGAACUUCGAGGUUUCAUCAGUGAUUGGGUGGCAACACUUCCCGUUAAAGGCGGAAGAAAAUAUGGACAAUCUAGUUUCCCUUACCAGCAAUUUGUCAACCCACUCAGCAAUUUUUUGAUCAUUGAUCAUCUAAGAAAUGAUUUCAAAGCAUUUUGGAUCUUAUUACGGGAAGAUAAUGUUUAUGUCUAUUCAGUUUCUCCCAUUGAAAGGAAACAAUUACUUAACAAUGUCAAAGCUGAGGAAGAGGAAGUAAUCAAUUCUUGUGUUGGUUUAUCCAGAUUAGUUAAAGUCCUAAUUGAUUCAAAUAAACCCAUUAUCGGAAAUAACAUGAUGGUUGACAUGGUCAUGUUAUAUCAACAUUACAUAGAUACUCUGCCUGGUGAUUUGCAAACAUUCAAAGAUCAAUUACUCAAAAACUUCAACUCAAUCUACGAUAUCAAGGCAAUAAUUUCCAACAUUCGUAAGCAUUUUCCAGCCUAUGAGGAUGAUAUAUCAGCUCGAAACUUGGGUGAACUUUAUCGAAAAUUAUCCGCUCCGUCAUUUAUUCGUGAAAGUCCAUAUCAACCACUAAUCUUAAGAGAUGACGAUUUGAAGUGUGAUGUUGUUAAUCGUUGCCACGAUGCAGGAUCCGAUGCAUAUGCCACUGGAUAUGUUUUCCUUAGAAUCUGUGCAAUGAUAGCUACAGCUAAAGCGGAGAAUAAAAUUAAGGAAAUAUCACCUCAAUGGGAAUCUUUUAUCUCUCCUUUGGCUUGUUUCAAGAACAAAAUCAAUCUAAUUAGAGCUGCAUUUCACUAUAUGGAUCUCGAAGUUAAAUCGCAAGUUGCAGCGCGACCUGAAUGGUUAGUCCUUAGAUGUCGAGACUCAUCUCAAUCCAUAACACUACCUCAGAUUUAUGGGAUGUUCGCCUCCUACAGUACAACAAUUGAUUUUCGUCCGAUCAGUAAAAACGAGAUCUUAUUAGCAAUUGGAAACUUCAAAUCAGCUCGAGAAAUCAUUGAAAAGUUUCGUAAGGAUAAAAACUAUAAGAUUACCCAAUACAAUUUGAUUAAAGACUCAAAAUAUGGACGAUUAGUUUUAUGGUCGACCUUAAUUGUUGGAGCUGGAGUAGCUGGUUACUGUACUUUGAAACUGUUCAAUCAACGAUCUUAAUUAUCAUUCAUAUAUCGAAAGCUAUUUAUGGAUUUCAAUCUUUCACCUUUUAAAUCAAUGGGAAAAAAGAUUCCACAGUUGUAAACAAUUCAGGAAAUCCAAUAUUCCCUUGUCAUCCAAUGUCAAAUGUUGGCGGGAAAAGAAAACAUUCAACAAGUUUUAUUAUUAAUCGUGGAUUAUUAAUGAUUGAUUGAUAAUUAAUUGUCAUCAUAUUUAUACACACACGCACUUAUAUUCAAAUAUAAAUCAUAUUCCAGUUCAGAAAACAAAAUCAAUGAAUCUAAUUCAAUUCUCAAUCAAUCACUAAUUGUUAACACACUGCCCAAUAUUUUAUCAUCAUUAUUAUUCAUCAAUUGUUAAUUUUUGACAAUCAACCUUUGAUAUAAUUAAUUACAACAACAAAAAACAUCUAAAACUUA